GUAGCGACUCGCGGGCAUGCUCCGCGGGGCCCGCUCCUGGAGGCUCCCCCACAGGGGGCUCGGGUCCUCCAGCCCCAGCCUCGCCAAGGUGCCCGUCGCACGCAGCAGCAGCGGCCGAGGCGGCGCACAGCUGAGGCCGGUGCCGCUCUCCUACAGGCUUCUGGACGGGGAGACGGCCUCCCCUGCCCUCGUCUUUCUGCACGGGCUCUUCGGCAGCAAAACCAACUUUAACUCCAUCGCCAAGGCGCUCGCCCAGCAGACAGGCCGGAGAGUGCUGACAGUGGAUGCUCGAAACCAUGGUGACAGCCCCCACAGCCCAGACAUGAGCUAUGAGGCCAUGAGCCAGGAUCUGCAAGACCUCUUGCCCCAGCUCGGCCUGGUACCCUCUGUCCUCGUUGGUCACAGCAUGGGAGGCAAGACAGCCAUGCUGCUAGCACUACAGAGGCCAGAGAUGGUGGAACGUCUGAUUGCUGUGGACAUCAGUCCAGUGGAGACUACAUCCGUCUCAGACUUCCCAAACUACAUGGCAGCUAUGAGAGCCGUAGACAUCCCAGAUGAGGUGCCCCGCUCCUCAGCCCGCAAACUGGCCGAUGAGCAGCUCAGGCCUGUUAUCGAGGACAUAUCUGUGCGGCAGUUCCUGCUCACCAACUUGGUAGAGGUGAAUGGGCGCUUCGUGUGGAGGGUGAACUUGGAUGCCUUGACCCAGCACAUGGACAAGAUCAUGGCCUUCCCACCACAACAGGAAUCCUACCCUGGGCCAACCCUCUUCCUCCUAGGCGGAAAUUCUCAAUUUGUGCGUGCCUGCCACCACCCUGAGAUUAGGCGGCUCUUCCCUCGGGCCCAGAUGCAGACAGUGCCUGACGCUGGCCACUGGAUCCAUGCUGACCGCCCGCAGGACUUCAUGGCUGCCAUCCGAGGCUUCCUGGCCUGAGUUGCUGGCAAGAAGGGGGUCCAGAACCCCAGGCUUCAAGGCUCUGUGGCCUGCUCCACAAUUCUGCACAGAAGCACUCAGGCAGGCACUGAGAGGGCACAAGGCUGCAGAGGUUGUCACACCUCCUGCUUUAAUGAAUAAAGACACUGCUCCCAAGGUCCUGGGCUAAGCUCUGUCACCGCCAGUGACCCUGGGAGAAUCGAUACCAGGGGUCCCUGGCAGCUCCGGGGUUCACGGGGGCUCUCAUACUGCUCCUGGACUCUCUUUGAAGCUGACUGUCCACCUGCCGCCUCACCAGCUGCUGCAUGUCUUCCUGGGGGCAGGAGAGCAGGUUCAGGGCUGACCCUAUACCCAUUGCCCGUGCCUCCCAGCCUGGCGGGCAUACCCACCCUACCUCCCAGGCCUCCACCUCCUGCCUCAGUCUCAGUUUCUCCUCCAAGACCUCCAGCAGCUGGGCCUCCACAGCUCGCAACUUGGCUCUGCAGGUCUCCAGCUCAGCCUCCACUGCUCGUUUCCUGCAGGUGGUCAGGAGAGCAGCCUGAGGCUCCGGCCCUGCAAUCUGGUCAUGGGCCCUGGGGGUGGCAAGUGCUGCCAAGCCCCUGCCUUGUUUCAGUGAGUGCUUGUGUGGCUCUCCUUCCGGGGCCCCUCCCCCCUCAGCAAGACAGGCUCGUGAGGGUGGGCCACCA